UUUUUUUUUUUGAAAAUAGGUGAUCAGAUAUAUCCGACGUCCGUAACAAAACAAGUAUCAACAAAAGAUGCCGACGUUUUUUAGUUACAUAAUUUUUUUUCCAAAUUGAAAAAUCGAUAGUUUCCUCAUGCAGGGGAAAUCAAAUAGUUACCGUUUUCAAACAGUAGCGCCUGUGAAUCGAAAUUUGACGGCUGUGUACGACGAUAAUUUGCGAGUUGAUUUCGAAAACGAUAGACAAAUGGUGUGAUCUGCGUUCUUUGCUAAGAUAUUUUUGAAUGUUCAGCAGGUCUUGAACAGAUUUUGAUGGGCUGCGGUCGUUUUCUUGUUUUCGGGACUGGCGGUUGGCAACGACGCGUCCAACGUAUUUCGAGGGAUGAAUCGAAUACCUGAGGUUUUUCUAUUAUUUAUCAAUAGUAUAUUAAUCGACGUUUAAAAAACGUAUACACGUGAGAAGUCCCGAUUAACCCUGCGCAAGUGAAAAUUCAGAAAGCAUGCGGCCGGAUUCACGCAGCGUUUCGUUCACGUUUCACCGGGAAGUUCUGAACGUCAAAAACUCGCCGGAGAUCACGAAGAAACUGAGACGACGCCUCCAGGAUCGUUUCGAAAAGACGAAGAAACCCGGGGACACCUGCAAGGAAAAGGUGCCCAAGGAGAAGCAAACAGAUCGUAGCUGGAAUAAUUUGUCCCUCGGAAAUAUGUCGGCGGAUUCGAGGCGUGCUUUGCGAAGCGGAGCCGAGAAAUUGUCCAAAACCAUAUCUUCCGUACGCACAACUUUUGGAACUAUUUCACAGAAGUUUAAGAGUUCUACACGCAGACGUCAAAGACUAGAGGAGCAACAGUCUCCCAAUAGCAUUUGUAAAAUGCAAACUCCACAGACUCACUCUCGUCAGCUUCUCGGCAGAACACCAACGAAGCUUUAUAGUCCUUUUGGCAUAGAAUCUCCAAGACAUGCGUGGAACAAAGAGAACAAUGAAACAUCAGUGCAAACUCCUCCAGCAAUGAAUACAAGAUACAUCCAGUGCAGACCAUUCUGUUUCACCAGGGCUAAAGGAUUCUCUGUAUUGAGAUAAAAUCUCUUCCUUAUUAUUUUUUUUUUUUUAAUGUUAUUGAAAUGAUCUCUUUACUUUUCAAGCAAUGCAUUCAGAAUUGCGUGCCUUGUGCAACUUACGAUUGAAUUAUUUAUUCAAUUUUGAUUAAGGUAGUAAUUUACUCCUAAACAUAUUCAUAGCCCUUUGGCGCAUUAUCUGUAAUAUCAACCUGCUUUACAUGUAUAUGCAAUGUGUAAUCUAUUUAUACUUUUUUAUACGUAUUUACAUGGAUAAUUAUUAUGGCUGCAAUAUUGAAUAAAGGAGAGGCAUAAGCAACUCUUUAAAUCGAAUGUCAGAUAAUUAGUCUG